GGUUUUGCUUUUCUGUGGAUUUCAAAAUCGGACUUAAGAGUUGCACACUAAGUUAAAGAACAAUUGCUAGUAGAGUUCUCAUAGAGAAUUGCUUGAGGCCACGAUGAGGUCUGUCUAUGCUGUGAUUGACGAAGAUGGGGCCCUCAAGUACCAAAUCGAGGAGAAUGUUGACCUUCCACCAAUGACAGAGCACAGUGUGAUGAUCCAGGUUCGAGCAUGUGCACUGUCACCCUACGUACACACACAGAUUCUACAGGAUGUUGGCUUGUCACACAGCAGGCUCCCUGUAGGCAGGGAAGUGGCUGGGAUUGUUACACAAGUGGGCUCUGCAGUGACCAGUUGCAAAGAGGGUGAUGAGAUUGUGGGGGUGGUUCCAUUGGAUGCACCAUGCUCAGGAUGCGCUGACAUCUGUGUUCUUGAGGAACACAACAUUGUCCUGAAGCCAGAGAAAGUCAGUUUUACGGAGGCAGCCUGUGCUGUGUCAGAUGGUGUAAAAGCCUACACAGCUCUGCACUACCUGGCCAGAAUAUGUGCAGGGGAAAUCGUUCUAAUCAUCAAUGGUGCAGACGCCACAGGAACAGUGAUGAUCCAGCUUGCCUUACACUGGGGUGCUAAGGUCUUGACAACUGCCAGCAAUGAAGAGGAGAGAACAUACCUGGAAGGACUUAGACCCUCUCCAUCCAAGGUGAUUGUGGUUGGUGAGAAGGCCAGCAGCCUGGUGAAGAGUUGUCUGGAGGAGACAGGGGGCCUUGGAGUGGACUAUAUCAUAGACAAUGGAGUGAGCCAGUUUGAGUCAGAGGAGGACCAGAUCCUGGCCCUGGCCGUGACGUCCCAGUACCAACCACACAAACACGAGCUGCUGUCCUGUCUGGGGAUGGGGGGACGAUGGGUGACCUGCCAACCUGACCUACAGCUGGACCCACCAGAUUCAUCCCUGCUGUAUCUAAAAGGAGCCAGCCUUAGCUUUCUCUUCACAGAUGUGUGGACAUUGGCCUCAUCACAGCAAGGGCGUUUCCUACACAUUUUAAAGGAUGUGAUGGAGAAGGUAGCAAACAAAACUGUCAGGCCCUGUUUUGAGCAGCCACUAUCCUUGGAAAAUGUGCCAGAAGCCUACAGACAGACUACAGUUCACAGGGGCAGAAAUGUCAUGCAGAUAUAGACAUCUUAGUGCAAGUUGAGACUUCCAAGGCAUUCAAUGCACCCUAUGUCACGGUCCAUAUUGUCAUUCAAUCAGAGAUACACAAUGUCAUUGAGAAUUGAUGGACUUUGAUGCACUGUCAGUACCUAGAGGUUAUGAUCUGUUAAAUUUAUCUAAAUCUAUUUCUCAUUGCUUUCAAAAUAUGUCAUUGAGAAAACACAAGACUAUGUGACAUAUGACUGUAUUAGCUUUAUUCAGAAUUCAAAAUAGCAUGUAUUGCAAAUCUUACUUGGAUGUGGAUAGAACUUUACAACCAUGUCAGAAUUUCUUUUACAGAAGUAGCCACACUGCAAUACAUUUAAACAGAAAUCUGUGUCUUUUGAAUCCAAUUUGAGGAGCUACAGCAGUGCAUGAGAAUUACCUGUAAAUGUAAUGACAACUUCAUCAGAGUACAUUUACAAAAAAGAGAACUGUUUUUCAUUGGACCAUUUUUAUCAUGCAUUCCUGUAGUUACAGCAAUAAUGACACAUUCCAAUGCUGGUAACAUCAGUGACAAUUACAAUACUGUAUUACUAGUAGCCUUAUCAUUCAAUAUGUUUACAGUUCCAAACAAUAAAAUUGUACAACUGCCUGUG